UUUCAUCGUUCAUCGUCUCCUCAAGAGCUUCUGCCGAAAAAUCAUGUCAAAUUCCACAAACGUCCUCUGGGGCGGCGGAUUUCUCGAGAAACCCAGUCAGUCGCUCGUCAAAAUGAACAAUUCGCUCGACUGGGACAAGGCUUUGUGGCUCGAAGACCUUCAGGGGAGCGUCGUUUAUGCAAAAGCUCUUUUUCACGCCGGAAUUUUGUCGUCGGACGACUUGAAGUUGCUCUUGAAGGGUCUUGACGAGGUGAAAAGUGCAUGGGAAAAUGGUCAAAUUCGGAUUUUGGAGACAGAUGAAGAUGUGCAUACGGUGAAUGAGCGCGUUUUAACCGAAAAAAUUGGAGCUACUGGCGGAAAGUUGCACACUGGAAGGUCCCGGAAUGAUCAAGUAGCUGUCGAUACGGCACUUUGGCUCAAGAAAGCAGUCGCUGUGGCGAAAGAUAAAACGGUUUUAGUGAUAGAAGCGAUACUGGAGAACGCCAGGAAGUAUUUUGAUGAUGUUAUUUUGCCGGGAUAUACUCAUCUACAGAAGGCGCAGCCGAUUAGAUUUUCGCAUUGGAUUUUGUCGUAUGGAUUUUUCCUUCAGGCCGAUGUCAUCAAAUAUGGUCACAUUUUGGAACAAAUUGACCUCAACAUGCCUCUCGGAAGUGGCGCCAUCGCUGGAAAUCCCUUCGCCGUCAACAGAAAAUGGAUCGCGAACGAGCUUGGCUUCUCAAAUGUCACACCAAACAGCAUUUAUGCCGUCUCCGAUCGUGACAACAUCUCAGAUUUUCUGUAUUUUAUGUCGCUAAGUGCUGUUCAUCUCAGUCGCCUUGCGGAAGAUUUAAUUUUGUAUGCGACAAAGGAGUUUGGGUAUGUCACGCUGUCCCAUGCGUUUUCCACAGGAAGCUCCUUGAUGCCAAAUAAGCGAAAUCCCGAUAGUUUGGAACUCGUGAGAGCUACUGCUGCCUUGCUGCAGGGAAAUUUGACGUCAUUUUUGAGCCUUUUGAAGGGACUUCCGUCGUCGUACAACAAGGACCUGCAAUAUGACAAAAAAUUACUUUUUGAUUCGUUUAAUCAACUUUGUCUGGCAUUGGAUGUCACAUAUGGCGUUGUUAAGACCUUAAAAGUGAAUAAGGAAAGAUGUCAUGCUGCGUUGUCGUUUGAAAUGUUAGCCACUGAUGUCGCCUAUUAUCUCACCCGCAAAGGAGUUCCCUUCCGCCAAGCACAUCACAUCACCAGCAAAGUCGUGACCGUUGCCGAAACUCUCAACAUUUCCAUCGAUCAAGUCCCCUUAGCAGAACUGCAAAAAAUCUGUCCCAUUUUUGACGCAUCUGUGAAGGAAAUUUGGAAUUUUGAGAAAAGUUGCGAGCAAUACGAAGCCAUUGGAGGAACGUCAAAAACUUCCGUCAAACAACAAAUACAAAAACUUGCGGACUUUGUGCAAGUAAACAAAAGAAGUAACGUUGCAUUAAAUUUGCCAAAGUAAAUAAAGCGACAAUCAACACAGAGAGAGAGACCGAAUGUUGUUUGCAGAGAGAGAUGACGACGAUGAUAACAAGACAAGAACACAUUUCCAUUUUUUAAUUAAAUUUAUUCAUUCGACUUUUUAUUUUUCGACGAAGCUUUCUUGCAUUUGUCAUAUAAUAAAAAUAUGAAUGAAGAAA